AAGUGGUGGAAUCUGCAACUCAAAUCAAAGAAAACAACUUAGAGGCACCUGUUUUAUUUCCAGAAAUAAACUAUGAGCAUCCACAAUUAGUUUCAGAUCUCCCUUUACCUUAUGUAAAAAACUCUGGACCAUACACAUUAGAUAAUAUCUAG